CUCUGACAGCGCCGAUGCUGCACACUGCCUCUUCUAGUUGCAGAUUGGAGUUCAGCCCGUACCCAUCAGUGCUGCAUGCCCUUAAACGUCACAAUACACCGAGAUAAACCAAGCAUACUUCAGCACACAAGCCUCGGAGCUUCUUGCCAGCUGUGGAGUGUGUUUAUGUUCGCGGAGGUGGGGUCGGACACUUCCUCGUCAGAAGUUAUAUCGGCGUAAGUGACAUACACCGCGGGACAGACGUGUGGAAUUAUGCGAUAAAGGAAAGGUUCAUGGAGCUACGGCAAUGAUGUUUCCUCAAGAGACUACCACUGCAGAGUAAUAAAAGAGAAAUGCUGGUGAAGGAUAGACAGUGCAACCCGGGCCCUGUCACUGAGACGUCGAGUGUCCCGAGUCGUCUUUCCACAUGAUGUUCAAGGACUACAGAUCUGGUCGAGCUGUAGGACUGAAUCCAUUAUCAUUCGACCCUGCCACAAACAACGAACCCCUUCAAUUCAGCAGCUCCAAUGGGGCACUGGUUCCUGACUGUCCUCUGGAGAACGGAACAGAAAACAACAAGAAGAGAAAGAGACCCAACCUUCCUCCUGAGGGUCUCCGAAAUAUUGCCAUGGACUCUAACUCUUUGCCGAUGCCUAUGUCUGACCCGAACGCUUGGGCAACUGCUAUGAACAAUCUUGGAAUGGCACCCAUGAGUAUGACGGGCCAGCCUAUCAUGUCAGCAGAUUUUGACCCCAGCCUUGGCAUGAUGACUGGCAUUGCUCCAAUGAACCCCAUGAUGCCCGGCCUCGGGAUCGUGCCUCCCCAGGUUUCACAAGACAUGCCCAUCAUGAAGGAAAUCAUCCACUGCAAAAGCUGCACGCUCUUUCCGCCCAACCCCAGUGAGUCCUUUAGUGAACCAUUACUGGACCUCCCUCCCCCUGCCACCAGAGAGAGACCCCCGGGAUGUAAGACGGUGUUUGUGGGUGGUCUGCCGGAGAACGCGACAGAGCAGCUCAUCGUGGAAUUGUUUGAACAGUGCGGAGGUAUCAUUGCGAUCCGGAAGAGCAAGAAAAACUUCUGUCACAUCCGCUUUGCCGAGGAGCAAACAGUGGACAAAGCCCUGUUCCUGUCAGGUUACAGAGUCAGGCUGGGAUCAAGCACAGAUAAGAAGGACACGGGCCGGUUACACGUAGAUUUCGCUCAGGCCAGAGACGACCUGUACGAGUGGGAGUGCAGACAGCGGCUGCUUGCCCGGGAAGAGAGGCACCGUCGCAGGAUAGAGGAAGACCGUCUGCGGCCCCCCUCCCCGCCCCCCAUCGUUCAUUACUCUGAACAUGAAUGCAGUCAGCUAGGAGAGAAGCUGAAAGACGACUCCAUAUUUCCCGAGGCGGUCCGUGUCCUGUUGACCUGGGUGGAACGAGGGGAGGUAAACCGUAGGAACGCCAACAACUUCUAUUCAAUGAUCCAGUCCUCCAAUAGCCACAUUCGCAGACUGAUGAGCGAGAAGGCCGCCCAUGAGAAGGAAAUGGAAGAAGCCAAGGAGAAGUUCAAGAUCGCCCUUUCUGGGAUUUUAGUGCAAUUUGAGCAGAUUGUGUCUGUAUUCCACGCUUCUUCCAAACAAAAGGCAUGGGACCAUUUCUCCAAAGCCCAACGCAAGAACCUGGACAUGUGGCGGAAGCAAGCCGAGGAGAUCAGGAACAUCCACAACGAAGAGCUGAUGGGAAUUCGGAGAGAGGAGGAAAUGGAAAUGUCAGAUGAUGACAUGGAAGACGCUCCUGAAAGCAAAGACUCUGAUGACUCAGGACCGCUGGCUCAGGUGGAGGCUUUGAAAGAAGAGAACGACAGUCUGCGAUGUCAGCUGGACGCCUACAGGAACGAGGUGGAGCUGUUGAAACAGGAGCAGGGUAAAGCGCAGCCCCAUCGCAGCGAGGAGGACACCACCCGCCAGCAGCAGCUCAGUUUCCUGCAGCAAGCACUGCAGGGCAUGCAGAAGCAACUGCUGAAGCUCCGCGAGGAUCUAAAACAGAGGGAGACGGAGCUUGAGAAGAACUUUGAGGAAAAACAACAGCUCGAAAGCCAAAUCCAAAGUCUGAAAGAGCGUAUCCAAGCUUUCCCCUCAACACACCCGCUGCCUCUGGAGACGAACGAUCGGGAGGAAAGAGGAAGUGAUGAAAGUGCAAAUCAAGCAAGCGAGGCGGCGGCGUCAGCUGUGGUAUCCUGCAGCCAGGAGAAAGAGAACCUGCCGGAGAAGAGCCCUCCUAGCCCUGUGAAGUCAGAGCGAGAAGCUCUGCUCGUAGGAAUCAUCUCAACGUUUCUUCAUGUUCAUCCUUUUGGAGCCAGCAUUGAAUAUAUCUGCUCCUAUUUACAGAGAUUGGACACUAAGAUCUGCACCACAGAGGUGGAGACACUACUGGGCCGGCUGCCGUGUACAUUCAAGCAGGAGUUGACAGGUGUAGGGGCUAGCUUAGAGAAACGCUGGAAGUUCUGCGGUUUUGAGGGCAUUAAGACGGCGUAGAGACGAGGCUUGGGACAUACAGCGAGACUCAAAGUGAACAGCCAACAGACGGGAGGGAUUUCAACCAAUCACCUGCCAACUCUGUGUCCAUGAGGGCAGCCAUAAAGGGAUUUAAGUGUGGGAAUUUCAGAAAACACUCCAACCCAGGGGCAAACACUCCAAACCUGGAGCUCUUCAAGACUUCCGAGUGUGUGUAGUUUGGUGUAGUAUGUGUAUACACAAGCACAUGUUGGUGUGUGUGUGUGUGUGUGUGUGUGUGGGUGUGUGUGUGUGGGUGUGUGUGUGCGUGCGUGCGUGCCUGUGUGUGUGUACGUGCCUGUGUGUGUGUACGUCGGUUCCACCUGAACAGACAACAUGACGUGCUGUGGAAGUCGGAUUUAAAUCAGGGUCUGAUGUUGAACCGAUGACUGAACUGUCAACCUAGUUUUUCUUUCACAUUGAAUUUGUACAAAAAAGAAAACGACUUAUAAAUAACAUGAAUAUAUUUCUUCUUUUCUGUAUAGACUGCACAAAGCUGCAUAGAAUCUUUUGUUCAUAUACUCUGUAAAUGUUUGAAUAACUUGCUAUUUUUAAAUAAAAAACACAGACGGAAAUC